AUGGAGCGUACCAGCAUCAAGACGUUGACUAUAAGGAUAGCUGAUUCGCAAUUCCAACUCGCCUGUCAUGAAUGGAAGAGGACUUUGGUCGGUACGGUGCACAGCUUCGGGUACAUGUGCGGACUUCUUAUAGUCGGGCCGAUGUCUGACAGAGUCGGGAGGAAAACUGCAGUUGUUAUUACGGGUAUCUUGGGUGGAUUCUUCGGGCUUUUGAGAAGUUUCUCGCCGUGGUACUGGUUCUACAUCGCCAUGGAGUUCUUAGAAGGUGCAAUUGGAGACAGUUGUUCACCAAUGUAUGUCCUAGUUAUUGAAAUAGUAUCAACCAAAAGAAGACUAAUAUUUUAUAUGAUGUGCGGUUUUGGAUACUGUUUUGGAGGCAUAACAUUAGCCUUCGUCGCGUGGAUAACGCCGAACUGGAGAUGGUUCUUAAGGGCGAUAUAUAUACCAGGAUUUUUAUUCUUUGUCUACAAAUUUCUACUCGACGAGAGUCCAAGAUGGCUUCUUAUAAAGGGAAGAAAGAACGAAGCUGUGGCCGUUCUAGAAAAGGCUGCGAAGAAGAAUAAGCUGACGAUAGAUGCAAAUAGUUUCAAUCAGUUAUCCUGUGACGUCAGUCCAAAUGUUCCUUUUAAUGAAUUGUUGAAGGACACGUUUAAAUCUAGUCAAUUGAGGAUGAGAUUUUUUGUUUGUUUAGUUUGGUGGACAGCAUCCACCUUCAUUAUCUAUGGAAUGAUAAUAAACUCUGUAACUUUACAAGGGAAUAAAUAUGUUAAUUAUGGCCUAUCAUCGCUCGUAGAAAUUCCCGCAUCUCUUAUUGUUACUUACAUUCUGACUCAUUUUAAAAGAAAACUACCGUUGAUGUUGUCAUUCUUUACUGGAGCUGUUCUGUGUAUAGCGCAACCAUUUAUACCGUUAGGUUUACCAUGGCUAUCGAUCACAUUCUACAUGGUGGGAAGGAUGAUGAGUUCGUUCUUUUUCGCCAUAACCUACAUGUACACGUCUGAGCUGUUCCCGACGUACACACGGAAUUCCAUGCACGCUUUGUGCUCCUCAGUCGGCCGCGUGGGCGCCAUCGUCGCACCGCAGACUCCGCUCCUGAACGUGUAUUGGUCUGGACUACCGUCCCUGGUCUUCGGUCUCGUGGCUGUAUUCGCCGGUCUCACCACUUUCCUAGUUCCCGACGUAUCAGAUGAUCUGCUACCAGACACCGUACUACAGGCUGAAUCUCUGGGGAAAUCAAAGAUCCCUCCAAAAGACGCGGAGACCCAUAUCGAAAGAGAUACCUCUAAACUAUGAAUAAAUUAUUAAAAAGGCAUAAAAUAUGGUAUUAAAAUUUGAGUCAUGAUUUUUAUCUCUUAUAAUUUGAAGAAAUUUUGUGAGACUACAUUUCAAUUUUGUUUUGAAUAUUUGUGUAGUUUUACAGAACUGCAGUUGAUAGAAAAAUGAAGAUGCCCCAUUCACAAGAAAACAGCUUAACAAAAAAAGUCUUACUAUCCCAAAAUAAAUUGACAGCUAAGUUUGCCCAAUAGCUAUAAAAGUAAAUACAAAAUUGAAGAAAACUUGUAUACUUUUGAAGAAUUUGCAAUACAUCGAUAUCUGAGAAGCGAACUAGAAGAAGAGGCAAUCCUCAGUACUGACAGUUUUCCUUAAUUGGCGAUUCCUUGAGUCAGCAUUAAGAUAAUAACAGGAUAUCACAAUAUUUUAAAGAAUCGUACAUUUAAUUUCUUUUUAAUUUUUUACUCCCAUUUUAUGUAAUUUGAUUCUCUAAGGAUUCACAUAAAUAAUUAGAAACUUGAGAUCUAAAGAAUUUAAAAUAAAAUCAAAAGCUCCCGUGAUUUCAAAUGAUCCUUUAUUUUACGGUCUUCUUUUAACUUUUUGUUUAUAUUAAAAUAUAAAACAUUCAAAAGAGAUUAAUACUUUAUUAUAAUAACGAAUUUAAUGAUUAUAUACUGUUUCGUAUUAACCUUUGCAAAAAUGAUUUAACUCUUUCUCCUUUUUUAUACCUCGUUCUUUCAAAAAAAAAAAAAAAAAAAGGAAAUUGUGGAAAAACAAGCGUACCGGUAAGAUGUCUCGAACACCAGAAGCAUCCCAAGCGUGUUGCUGACCUUACCCCCAAUCCUCCCAGUAGCUCUGAUCGCCUUACCACAGGAAUAUAACACUGUUUGGAAGCAGUAUCAUUUAGCUGUGAUCUUCUGUAAGUUGAGGUAUUUCCCCAGAUGGGCUUCUCCAGAUUUUGAGCAGAAUAUUUCCUGCUGGCCCAACCUAGACGGUUUUAGUUGCUAAAUUUCGACUUAAUUGGUAACCUUUAAAUUAGUUAGUUUUAAUAAUGGGACAUAUUUCUUUAAUUUAUUCAUAGACAUCUUUGUUGUUCACAAACAUUGAUUGACAAGAAGAUAAUGUGACAGAUAAAAGAACAAAUGUGCAAAAGGCAGCUUCAUCAGUAAAACGGCGGUCUUUAUAUUAUGAUCUUAAUAAGGAGCUAUCACGAAUAACAGCUAUUGUAAUACAUAAUUUAAUAUAUAUAUACUACCUAUAUACAA